UCCCCGUAGUAAGGUCCGAACAGUUGGGUUCGGUGUGUCCGGUCCGGGGCGCUGUUGGGCUGGAUUUCAUGGUUGGAGACUCAUCUUUGGAGCCACAUUCUCUCUUUCAUUACUUUCUCCCCUGAUCCGCAGUGUUUGUUGAGCGUCUGCCCGACUGGACUUGCUUCAUCAUGGCCGUCUGAAUUCAGACCCGAAUCCCAAUCUGAUCCCCUUUUUCUCAAUCAACCAUCCCGAUCGCUCUGGGAAUCAUUUCUUUGGGAUUUUACUUCAUUUGUGCGCCAAUGUUCAAACAUGCAGCCUCCGCCAAGAAAGGUAAAAGUGACACAGGAACUGAAGAACACGCAUACGGAGCAGCUCGGCCGCCUGCAUCUCAAACACCAGACAGAAUGUGAUUUAUUGGAAGAUAUGAGAACCUACAGCCAGAAAAAGGCCACACUGGAGAGAGAUUACGCGCAGGCCCUGCAGAAGUUGGCGAGUCAGUAUUUGAAGAGGGACUGGCCUGGGAUCAAACCAGACGACCAGAGGACCGAUUACAGGAAUGUGUAUGGAGUGUGGCGGGCUUAUCUUGAAGGCACCGUGCAGGUGACCCAGUCUCGACUCAACGUCUGCGAGAACUAUAAGAACGAGAUCUCGGACCCCGCCAAAACUUUACGCCUCUACAAAGAACAGCAGCUGAAAAAGUGCAUUGAGCAGCUGGGUCGCAUCCAGGCAGAGCUCCAGGAUUCAGUGAAGGAUCUGGCCAAGUCCAAAAAGAAAUACUUUGAGCUGGAGCAGAUGGCGCAGACUGUGCGAGAAAAGGCCGACAUUGAGUCCAAGUCGAAGCUGGGUCUGUUCCAGUCCAGGAUAAGUUUACAGAAGGCCAGUGUGAAGUUGAAAGCGAAGAGGAGUGAUUGUAACUCCAAAGCAACGCACGCGAGGAACGAGUAUCUUCUCACAUUGGCGGCCGCUAACGCACAUCACGACCGCUAUUACCAGACCGACCUGGCCUCCUGCAUCAAGGGUCUGGAGGGGAACGUAUACGAUCAUGUGAAGGAUUAUCUGAUAUCCUUUUGUCGGACGGAGCUGGAAGCGUUUCAAGCCGUCCACAGCACCUUCCAGUUCCUGCUGGAGAAGUCCAGUCGAGUGAUGCAGGACUUCAACCAGCAGCUGUUCCUGCAGGAGAACCCGGUGUUUCACAAAGCACAAGACUUCCAGUUCCAGCCCAGCGAUAGCGAUACGAGUCGACAGCUGGAAUCAGAGACAGGAACCACCGAAGAACACAGUCUCAACAAAGAGGCGAGGAAAUGGGCCACACGUGUGGCUCGCGAACACAAGAACAUCAUCCAUUACAAACGGGCUCUAGAGGAAUGUGAGACGCUCGGGACUCCGCCCACGGAACAGAGCCGGAAUGAGCUGGAAUUCCGAAUAGAGGAGGCCAAGGAGAACAUCCGCAAAGCAGAGACUCUGAAGCUGAAAGCAGAAGCGCGUCUGGACCUCCUGCGGCAGGUGGGUGUUUCUGUGGACACGUGGCUGAAGAGUGCCAUGAACCAGGUGAUGGAGGAGCUGGAGAACGAGCGCUGGGCGACGCUGCCCACCCUCACCACACACAACCUCUCUCUGUCGACCACGGUGGAUUUGGAUCGAGAGGAAGGAGAAGAAUUAGAAGAGAACAUGGAGACGUACGACGACAGCAGCUCGAGUCCGUCAGGAACCCUGAGGAACUAUCCGCUCACCUGCAAGGUGCUCUACUCUUACAAGGCCUCUCAGCCCGAUGAACUAACCAUCGACGAGCAGGAGAUGUUGGAUGUUAUAGAAGACGGAGACAUGGAGGACUGGGUGAAGGCGCGGAAUAAGUCCGGUCAGGUGGGCUACGUCCCAGAGAAGUACCUGCAGUUCCCAACAUCCAACAGCGUCCUGAGCAUGCUCCAGUCCCUCGCUGCUCUGGACGCACGCUCACACUCCUCCAGCAACUCCACGGAGCCUGAGCUGGCAUCAGGCAGCUUCAACGGAGACAGCAGCAUGAGUUUUGUUAAGGCCAUGUACGACUACGAGGGUCAGACAGGUGACGAGCUGUCAUUCCCAGAGGGAGCCAUCAUCCGCAUCCUCAACAAGGACAACCAGGAGGACGACGGCUUCUGGGAGGGCGAGUUUAACGGUCGAGUGGGCGUCUUCCCGUCCGUGCUGGUGGAGGACCUGACCGCCUCAGAGAACGGAGACGCUCACUGGGGAACAGACACACAGGUGUCCCCGUGCCAAAGGCUUCAUUCGUCUCUUCCUCCUCUGCCUCUGUAUGAUCAGCCGCCCUGUAGUCCCUACACGAGUCCUGAGACCAGCAGCGGCGCCUCGCUGCCCCGCUCACCAUCUGUCAACGGAGAACACAAACUGCAGAAAGCCACCGUUCAUAAUCACAAUUCCAGCUUGAGUCCAGAGAGCCCAGGCUUCUCUCAGCCGCUGAGACUCACUCCGGACGGAUCCGGCCCCGGAAAACUCAGACCUGUUCGGGCGGCACCUCCUCCUCCAAAGCAGCAUUCGCGCAGACAGGUGGAGAAAACAGAAGAGGUGGAGAUCACGCUGGUGUAGAGCGCCGCCCUACUGGACUGAGAACAAGCCCCAUCUGACCUCUAACUCCUCCCACUCCUCAUGGAAGGGGCGGGGCAUGUGUAUACCCGCCCUAUGAGCAUCCUUAGAUCCCGAAGGGCGGAGAACAGCAUCUCAAAGGCAUCCCUUUUCUUAAAAACGAACACCUCUUUUGGCGUCACAGACUGUUUGGUGCCUUAAACCGCUUUCAUGCCAAACUCUAAUCCUUGUAUUCGUAAUUAUGUUAUCUUGCAACGGGAGCUUGUUUAAAACUUUGUUAAUCUACUCAAUGCCAGUUCAAUUUUGCAAAAUUGAGGUUGAUGUAAGUGUGUGUCUAAAAACGUAGAAAGGAAUCAAGGUAAACCGAGAGUUUUAAAGAGCCUACACUUGCAUAUCCAUCUCUUCAGCAGCUUUUAAAGAGCCAAACAUGCAAUACUAGGAAUUGUGGGAGUGAAAAAGGGGUCAGCCACGAAUAGUCCUACCAUUUCCAUAUCUCUUAUGUAAUAGCACAGUACAUUACUGUCAUCAUAGGAAUGUUAAAUUCACGUUAAACAUUGCGGAUCACAACGGAGAAAGGGAACUGUACAUAAAAGGCUACAAGGAAAAAGAGGAGAACGAGAGUUAAAAAGAGAGGAAGGCUGGUUACUUCACUCUUUUUUUUCUCAUCCGUUUUAGCUUCUUUCUGUCUUAUGUUGAUCUGAGAAAAGUAAUAACAACGUAGCUAUAUCCUUUUCCACAAAUGUUCAUUAUGAAGACCAGUGUUUGUAUCUAUUACUAAUAUUUAGUCCUCAGAAACACGCGACCUAAAGACGCGUCUGUGAGCGUGAGGGGGCGAAUAUUCUGCGUCUGUUCAGGCAGAACGUAAUCGUGGAAAUGUACCGAUCAAAAUACAAGUAUAAGUUAAAAUGCUUUUCCAGCCUAAUGCAUUUCUCAUUGUCAUGUGUCGGCUCUGUAGAGGACUGAACGGUUGGGCUGUGUUUCUUUUAUUGCAGUAUUUAGGGUGAAUGCGAUGGGAAAGACUCCCUCCAACAAGCACAGAAAAGGUGGAUCAUCAUGGAGAUUUUUCUUUUUAACUAUUGCAGACGAACGCAAACCUAUUAGCGUGUCCUAAGUGCAUUUCCUCCCUACAAGGGGCUGCUAUGUUUUAUUUAUAUAUAUGUAUAUAUAUAAUAUACAUAUAUAAAGUUUCUUUGUCUUUUUUUGCAGUUGAAGAGACCGUUCAUCUUAAAUAAGCAAUGGCUUAUUUCAUUAAUUUCCACAGUAUUUUCAUGCAUAUCUUGAUAUUUUUAAGAUUUUUUUUAAUGUCCUUGUGUCCCAGCUGCCCUCUUUUGGAUAAUGAAGCUGCCCAGCGUCGUUAUUGAUCUCGUGAGUGUGACUGAUUGUAGUUUUCCCAUAACAUUUGCAAGAGAACAGAGUUAUUAUGUUGAUUCCAUAUGAAUUUGUUUUUUUUUUUAAACCAAUUUUGUGAAAUGGUACCAUAGUUCUGUUAAGCAAGAACUGGGUCAUUUGGAAAAGAAUGUGUGUGAGACAUGGGAGGAAAAAAAUAACGUUUGUUUGGUAGCCUUUUUUUAAUCCGAGCGGAAGAUGUUUGAGUAUCUUCCCUUUGUUUCUAUUUACCUCUGUCACAACCUAUUUUCUUGUUGAUCUCGUUGAGAUCUUUUGAAUGUUAUCAAACUUGUUUUGAAGUUUAUGGUUAGUGGUUAAAGCCCAUUGUGUCAAAAACUGUUCUCGCCUAUGAAACGAACGCAAAUUUUGAUAUUUUAAUUUGCAUUUUUAAAUUGCGCUCCCAGUUUUCUCGGCCAGUUUCAACUCUUUGGAGCUUCUUCAAUAGCAUUAGCCGCAUAUUCAAGUUGUUUUUAUUUCUACAAAGAUUUUAUUUGCAUUUAUUAAAAUUUGAAGGGAUUCUGAGCUGCUAGACAGGUGGAAUAACAACAAUUGACUGUUGCUGCAGUGACAAUAUUAGAGAACAGGUGAAAAAUAUUCUUUCUGCAUAUUAUUAGCUGUAAAAUUAUUUGUAUUUAUUGUGUACAAAUGUUAAAUAAAAAAUUGGGGAAAGUG